AUAAAUAGAUGACGUAACGUCAUGUCUUUCUUUCUAAUCCAGCAGCCGAACGAAUUGGUGGGUUCAAAUUGAUGUAGUGAAAAUUAAAGUAUUGGGUCUUAAACUGAAAAAAAUUUGGAUGUUAAUGGCGCAUUUGCGCAUCGUUAAUGUUAACUUAUAAAUGGUUUAAUACUUCUGGCGUCGGAUAUUACAUAUUUUAUUCGGAUUUCAAGUAGACCUACCAUAUACAAUUUUGUAAAUAUUCUCAAGGCUUGGCGCCAUUUUGAUUUCUUUGCAUUAAAGCACGUGGCGCAAGAUAUUUUAAUGUUACGAUAAAGUCUCUCUCUUAUAACAUCUACAAAGAAUUAAGUAUAUAGCUACUGAUUAUUGCAUUAUUGCAUUAUAAGCAUAAUUUUAAUUUUAUUUCGUUUUGUAUUUUUUUGAAAUUUCUGGGACACGAUGCCGAAGGUCAAAUCGGUUGCUGUUAACCGGUCUACAAGGUCGAGGGCAAAUAAACGCAAGCGGACACAGUCCACACCCGAAAGUGUUGAGACGCAAGUUGGAUCCCAGCCAUUACAGACUACGCAGGUGUCGUCUUUGCCCCAGCCAUUACAGACUACGCAAGUGUCGACUUUGCCCCAGCCAGGACAGACUACGCAAGUGUUGGCUCUGCCCCAGCCACUACAGCCCACUCAGACUGCCCCCCAUGAGUUGCAAGUCCCGACUAUCUCAGAUGUAUCACCAGGUAUUACCUCCACAACUGCUACUGUGACAAGCAAUACUGAUAACGCAGGUAAUUCAACCCAGUCUACAUUGUUGAAUUUAUCUUGUAUUAAUUCAUUUGAGGCACCUAUCCCCCGAGCAAUUGGGUCUACACAAUUUUCCCUUGGUUACUAUGUCGAGGCCAGUAUCAGGCAAAAAAUAAUUUCUGGUAAAUUUGUUAAUUUGGCGACAUUAUUGGUAAGAGACCCAAAUAAAACUCAGGUUUCCUCCACCCUAGCAAUAGACCCUAAUGGGCAAUUAAUUGCACAACCUAAACAAAUGUAUAAAAUUCAAACAAUUGAUCGAUGGACAGAUGCCUUUAUUAUUUACAUGAGCAUUUAUACAGCUGCUCACCCCGAGAAAGUUCAGCAAUUUCUUAAAUACAUGCAUGACAUUAGGCUAGGUGCACAAAGAUCACAGGGCUGGCUCACUUAUGACGAGCAAUACCGUCUUAGGGCAUCGAUCAAUACGACUCAGGAUUGGGGUGUGGUUGACGCUGAGCUCUGGAUGCUUUACAUGACACCCACUACAUCCCAGAUUCAGAACUUAAGAGGGGGUCAGCCUCAAAAAUGUUUUGACUAUAACUACAAAGGCUCAUGUCAUAAGCUAAAUUGUCCCUAUCUUCAUAGGUGCUUGAAAUGCAAUAAUGUCCACCCAUCCAACACUUGUUUUGUUAAUUCUGCUACAGCGCGAGACAGUUCAUUUCAGCCAUUUCGUUUCCCCUCAAGUAGACAGAGUCAAACCCACCAGUCAAAUACUGCUUUCACAACAAAGCCCAACACUUUCCCAACAAAAUUCAAUAGAUAUGGCAAACAACAAACAACUGCAGUCCCUGGGAAAUACCCCAAUUAUAACUAA